AGUAGCCUAGUGACUGAAUGAUGGUCUGCCAGCAGACUAUUUGACUCUAGUGCUUCAUAUAAUGGGCAUGUUUAAUGUUGCAGGGUCUCUUCCUUUGCCCUGGUCCACCAGAAUGAAAAUUGCUUGUGGUGCUGCCGAGGGCCUUGCUUUUCUUCAUGAGGAAGUUGAAAGACCAAUAAUUUAUCGAGACUUCAAAACGUCUUUUGUCCUGUUGGAUGCGAAUGCCAAGCUUUCUGAUUUUGGACUAGCCAAAGAUGGCCCAGAGGAAGCGAAGACUCAUGUAUCAACCCGAGUGAUGGGAACCUAUGGUUAUGCUGCCCCUGAGUACGUAAUGACAGGGCAUCUGACAUCUAAGAGUGAUGUCUAUAGCUCUGGGGAGGUUCUUCUUGAGAAGUUGACAGGCUGAAGAUCCAUAGACAAAAACCGACCAAAUGGGGAGCAUAACCUAGUGGAAUGGGCUCGGCCAUAUCUUGGAGAGAAACUUUAAUACCCAAGGAAUUCUUACUUUAGAUUUAAAUAAAUUAUUUAAACUUUU